UCAAAUUCAAUGCUGCCAAAACUAAACGUCAGAUUUGAUAACACUCAUAACAGUCCACAAUUUGGCUUUAAUUGCCUGCGUUAUUUAUAAUUCCUUGUUGUUUACUUAUUUCAGGUUCGUAAAUUUUUCGGAAUAUGGAUUCGACAUCAAGUAAAAUUUAUCUGGAUUAUAAUGCGACCACCCCGCUGGCAACCGAAGUGGUUGAUUGUGUUACAGAAGCACUUACAGAUGCAUGGGCCAACCCAAGUUCUUCCACUGACAUUGGGCGUAAAGCAAAAGAGCUCAUUGAUCAAUCCAGGAAGAAGAUUGCCACUAUGCUGAAUGCUGAGGCUUCUGAAGUUAUAUUUCUUUCUGGGGGAACUGAAGCCAACAACAUGGUGCUUCAAACUGCUUUGAAAUAUUUCAAAUCAUGGGCUGGAAAAUCAAUGCAAAUGAGUUCAUGCAAACCCCAUAUUGUAACCACAAAUGUUGAGCAUGAUGCAAUACUUUUACCUUUAAAACAUUUUGAAGAAGAGCAACAGGCAGAUGUUGAUUAUGUUCCUGUGUCCAGCACAUAUGGGCAAGUUCUUGCUGAAGAAAUAGAGAAGCAAAUCAGACCUCAUACCUGCCUUGUUACUGUAAUGCUGGCCAACAAUGAAACCGGGGUGAUUAUGCCUGUGGCUGAAAUUUCUAGGAAAAUACGAAAAUUGAACGAGAUUCGGCAGAUGGAAGGCUUGUGUCGAAUUCUCUUGCAUACUGAUGCUGCUCAAGCUAUCGGAAAAAUAACUGUCGACGCCAAAGAACUUGGAGUGGACUAUUUGACAGUAGUUGGACAUAAGUUUUACGGGCCUAGAAUUGGAGCAGUGUACGUCAAGAACUUAGGAGAUUCUAAAAUUCCAUUGUACCCAAUGUUUUUCGGUGGAGGACAAGAACAAAAAUUUCGUCCGGGAACAGAAAACACACCUAUGAUCCAUGGUCUUGGUUGCGCAGCUGAACUUAUUUCGAGAAAUCUAAAAAUCUACCAGGGAAACAUGAUGAAAAUGCGGGAUUUACUGGAGCAAUCUCUAGCGGAGGAAUUCGGCGAGAAUGUAAUCGUCAACUGUAAUGCUGCCACGCGUUUACCAAAUACCAGUAGUGUAUCAUUCAGGAAAACUGCAUUUACCGGCGGUGAAAUUCUUAGCCGUUGUCCAGAACUUAUGGCCAGCACCGGGGCAGCUUGUCACGGAACAGGAAAACCAUCAGAAAUACUAAUGGCGUCCGGUGUGACCUUUGAAGACGCUCGUUCUGCUGUUCGUUUGAGUGUUGGUCGUGAUACAACUUCGAAACAGAUUGAGCAAACAGUCUUGAUGUUGAAGACAGCAGUAAAUUUACUGGAUUGAAAAAUUAUUUUACUUAAAUAUUUGAAAUAAUAUCGGAAUAAUCAUGUUAACCUGUGGUAUAGUAAAGUAGACUUCGUUGAAGCCAACAGCGAAAACCGUAGGUCACCAUUGAAACUUGAAUCUGUUUAUUUGGCUAUACAGUACAAUCAUUUAAAAAAUAAUGACAUUAACUUAACUAUCAA